CACCUUAUUUCACUCAUUCACGAUUGUGUGCAGCUACACAGCUAGUGCCGAGUUUGAGAUCCUUGCGAAGCUCACCACCCUCAAUAACACUCACACUCACUUUGCUGCCCUACGUACAAGCUUGCCCAAAAGACCGAUCGAGCUUGGAGAUUGGAAAGCUCCAUCUUCGCCGACUCUUCAUCCUAUUGCUAUCCGCUGUGAACUUACAAUCCUCACAUCGAGGUGAGGUGAUCUUCAAGUCUUGAUCUCCAGGCAUCAGCCUCAACCAGGGUGCGGGUGGAGGCUUCAGCGAUAUCACGGCACCAUCUGUACGCCUCGUGAAGGUUAAUCUCCCCCACACCAUGGACCGCGAGACUGCCACGCGACUUUCGCUACCAUGGAGGCCCGUCUUUUGUCGAGCAUGCUCGACCGAUGCAGGGGCAGGUCUAAUCGCCAUAGUCGGCGAGAGCUCCAUCAGCGUCGUGGCUGCGGUGCCCUCACAUGUCGGCACAGGCUCGGAUGACGUGGACCUCGUUACACUCGUCACUUUUAGCAUAGGAGCGCUGACUACUGCUGUAGCUUGGAGUCCCGCAUCAAAGCUGCACAUCAAAGCAGAUGCUACAGAGCAGCUCGAAGGUGGCGAAGCAAGCUCUGGGGCUAGCAUGUUGGCUUGGGACGUAGAGCUUCUCAUCACCACCAACAAGUCGCUGUCCCUGUUGCGCGCGUCGGCUUGGGAGACUGCGUCAUCCUCGAGCCCUUCUGUGACGGAAGUCUUGGCACUUUCGAGCCCCGCUGUGGAUGUCGACUGGUGUCAUGUGGAAGGAUACGCUGCUCAUGCUGCUGUUGCUUCAGCGGACGGCACCUUGUCUCUCUUGAACUUGCACGCUACGCCCUCUUCAGUGGUGCCACAGUCUGCGAAGGGAUCGGAUCCAGGGUAUCAUGAGCUCACUCAGGAAAAUGAGACUUUGCUGGAGGAAGCAAGCCAUCUAUUCUCAAAAGGGCUGCGCUCGGUGCGCUAUCAUCCUUCUCUGGCUCGUCUUCUGCUGGUCUCAGACAUUGCCGGCACUCUCCACGUCUUAGACUGGACCGAAUCAGCUUCGACAUCGUACUCGGGAGGCCUGGGCAACAUCGACUUGCGGAGCUCUUCAUUGACACCAGGUCGCAAAGUGCUUCUCACUGUUUCAUCUCCAAAGCUGCUUGCUUCGAAUGUCAUGUACAGGACCCGCCUGCACUCUGCGGGCAAAGCGGAAUGGAGAGACGAAGACUCGUUCGGUGCGGCACUGGGAACACAGUGGGCGAUUUGGGACUUGAAGAACGCAUUCGGCGGGACGCCUGCUCUGACAGGAGGGUUGCCUAAUACAGCUUCUGCAGGCGCGACUGUCAUCGCGAGAAGCGGCACGGAAUCAGGCGGUGGUUUGGUCUUCUCGCAUCAAAAUCGCUCCACAUUUCUCACGUUUAGCCGCGCGGCGGUAAGCAGCGCCAAAGAGGUUCGAUUGCAGCUUCAUGAAGCUUCGAUCCGUCGUGGGAGAGCCUCGGAAGUCUUCGAGAGCUCGACAGGGCUGGACAUUCCUCAUUCCAUCUUGACUCGCACCGGCGCCAAAGGGUGGCGAGCUGGAAUCGCCGGGCCUGCAAUUCGUGAUGCGGCUUGGGUUGCCUUGCCCGUACAAGACGAAUUCGCGGGGACCGAUCGAGAAAGAAUCGUCGUGCUUUUGGGAGACGAAGUUGUAGUUGUUCCUAAACACCUUGGCUUGGACUUUUUGACGGCAUGACCCGCAAUGCGAGCAUAUAUAGCCGUGCACACUCGUC